AAGCCAGAUACCUGCUGUGUGCAGCAGCGGUCCCGGGAUGUCGUCAGCAGAGGAGCAGCUGUGCCUGAACAUCUGCAGCAGCGUGUCGUCGUCAGCAUCCCUGUCCAACAGGAGGAGACGCCCGACGACUCAGGAGAGAUGGGCUUCAAAGAAGCAGAGGAGGUGGACGUCCUCCUCGUCCCCGGGGGUGGGGGUCUCCUCCAAACAGAGGACACUCCCCGAGCCGGACAAGGAUGAAGACGAGGACGAGGCUCCUGGGCCGCUGCAGCUGCAGCCGGACUCUCCUGCGCAGCAAACAUCUGGAUCUGUACGUGUAAAGCAACAGACGAGCACACAGGUGCUCCGGGAGGCUCCGCCCCCUGCUGCCGCAGACCAAUCACCACAGAAGAAGAAGAAGAAGAGGCAGGAGAAGAAGGAGGAGAAGGGGGAGAGGGAGAGGAAAGAGGGGGUGAAGGAAACGGGCCCUGGCAGCAUCAAGACCUCCUCUCUGUUCAAGCACAACCCAGAUAUCCCAGAGAUCCACAGACCCAAUGUUUUACAGUUAAAGGAGAAGAUUUUUACCUCUGACUCGUUUUCAGAAGUCAACCUUCACCCCCACCUGGUGGCAACACUGAACAAAGUCCUGAAUGUUUCCACCUUGACCAGCGUUCAGAAACAGACCAUCCCUGCUCUGCUCCUGGGCCGAGACGCGGUGGUCCGAUCUCAGACCGGAUCAGGUAAGACCCUGUCCUACGCUGUCCCGGUGGUCCAGAACCUUCAGUCCAUCCAGCCAAAGGUGAACCGGUCCGACGGUCCUCUGGCUCUCGUCAUCGUCCCCACCAGAGAGCUCGCUCAGCAGACGUUCCAGACCUUCCAGAAACUUGUGAAGCCCUUCACCUGGAUCGUCCCCGGUGUGCUGAUGGGAGGAGAGAAGAGGAAAGCAGAGAAGGCCAGGAUCCGUAAAGGAAUCAACAUCCUGGUCUCCACCCCCGGCCGUCUGGUGGAUCACAUCAAGAACACGCUGAGCAUCGCCUUCAGCGCCGUUCGCUGGCUCAUCCUGGACGAGGCUGACAGGACGCUGGACCUGGGCUUUGAGAAGGAUCUGACGGUCAUCCUGAACAGUCUGAACGCUGCAGGACCGGCCCGGCAGAACGUGCUGCUGUCUGCCACUCUCACACGAGGUGUGACCCGGCUGGCGGAUGUCUGUCUAAAGGACCCGGUCAGCGUGCAGGUUUCUGGCCACGCCCCCUCUGACAUCACCACCACAGAGACGUCGGGCGAGCCGGGCGACCAGUCGGAGAGCUUUGCUGUUCCAGAGGCCCUGAAGCAGUUUGUGGUGGUGGUUCCCAGUAAGGUCCGGCUGGUGUGCCUGGCCGCCUUCAUCCUGGAUAAGUGCAAGUUCUCCGAAAACAACAAGGUCGUCGUCUUCGUCUCCAGCUGUGAGGGCGUCGAGUUCCUCCACUCCAUCUUCACCUCCGUUCUCUCCGGAGCCCCCGCCGGCCGUACACUCGAGUUCCUGCGUCUCCAUGGCAACAUGAAGCAAGAGGAGCGGUCAGAGGUUUUCCAGAAGUUCUCAGUGUCCCAGUCUGGAGUUCUGCUGUGUACGGAUGUGGCGGCUCGAGGUUUGGACCUCCCUCAGGUCACCUGGAUUAUUCAGUACACUCCUCCGACAUCAGCCGCUGAGUACGUCCACCGCGUCGGCCGGACGGCCCGGAUAGGAGCACAGGGGAGCGGCCUCCUCUUCCUCAGCCCUGCGGAGACCGCCUACGUCACGGAGCUGGCCAAUCACAACAUCAGCCUGUCGGAGAUGAAGUUGCAGGACAUCCUGUCCUGUUUGAUGAUGGACGAUGUCUACAAAGGACGGGGCAAGUACCACAGCAAGAGCUCGUCCAAAGCUCUGGAACAGGACGUCCGUGAGCGCGCCACCGUCCUCCAAACCCAGUUUGAAAACUUCGUCCACUCAGACUCUCAGUCCCUGGAGGCUGCGAGGAAAGCGCUGCAGUCCUACCUGCGGGCCUACACCGCCUACCCCGCCGCCUUCAAGCACAUCUUCCACAUCCGCUCCCUCCACCUGGGACACGCCGCCAAGAGCUUCGGCCUCAGAGACGCCCCGCGGGGCCUGAGCUCUGGCGCGGGGGCCGGGGGGCCCAGGGGCCGCGGUAAGAGCAAGGACCAGGCCAGGAAGCAGGCCGGGAGUCAGCUCAAGAACCACAACCAGAACAACGUGUCUGGAAGGAAGAGGGCUCAUCCCGGUCAGAGAGAGGACGGACUGAUCUGCUCAGAGUUCUCCAGCGGGUUGGAGGGAGCUGGUGCCCCCAAGAGGAAGAAGAAGAAGAAGGUUAUUCAGUCUGAAGACGAAUAAACAAUGAACCCAUGGGAGUAAGUGUAAGGAGAAGCAGCUCUUCCUCAGCAGGAACCAGGAGAGCUGUGGAACAGCCCUGGACUGGGCGGCUCUCCUGAGAGGACCCGGUACUUUCUGAGAGGACCCGGUACUUUCUGAGAGGACCCGGUACUUCCAGGACGGGGCUUGACGCGCUGCCGCAGCUUCCCUCUUCAUCGCUGAAACUCAUGUUGAGGACUUUCAGACUGCAGGAACUGCUCUGUAGUUCUGAGAACUUUUUCUGUCUGCUUCACAGAAACGACAGCUAACUGUCGUCUGUGAAAACAGAUUUUAUAGCGUCUGGUUUAGGUCCCACGUGGAAGAAAUGACUCCAAAUACUGUCUUCACAGACGACUUGUGAACAAGGUUCAGAAGUCAGACAUACACGUUUUACAUGUAAACCUGUGACCAUGUAAAAGUUUAAAGGUGAC